GUGAUAGUCGAGGAGGCGGCCAAUUCUCUCAUUACUUCCACUUCGGCCGCCAUCUUCUCCUGGGCCAACCGCAUCCUUUGCCCCGACUGCCGCCCGGUGGUCAAUUGCGAUUGCCUGGAGUGCCCGACGGUGACUUGCGGUGACGUGAUCAAGCGGGAGGCGAGCGACUCGUCAUUGCUGGGGCCCGCGCUGUGGUGCUUGCUCCUGGUGUGCUUCGGUUUCCUGCUGGGGCGCCUUCCCCCUGCGGGUGCCUUCGCGGCCCAGCGCGCGCCGCGAGCCCCUCGGGCAUCGGCGGCGGAGGAGAUCGAGGUGGCGCCGAUCGCGGAGCAGGCUCGACUGCAGCUGGAGGCGGCGCGCUUGCCCCGCGGCACGCAGGGCGGCGCGCCGCCGCUGAUCGGCGGCGCGGCGGCCCCGGCUCCAGUGCACCGCUUUCGCGCCCUGCCCUUGCCGGCUCGGCUGGCGGGCGCGCGGGUUGCCGGUGCCGCGCGUUUGGGCUUCGCGGUGCCGGUUGGGUUUUUCUUGCGGAGCGUGGCCGGGGUUGCGGUCUUCAAGCCUGGCCCGCCGCCUGCUGCGGCCGCCGCGCACGCUGGAGGAGGGCGCGCCGCCCUGGCUGCUGCCCUCGGUGGGCCCGCCGCUGCCGUCGCCCUCGCGGGCGCUCUGGCGCCGCCCGCCGCCGCGGCCGCACCCGCGCCCGCCGCUGCGACGGCACCCGCCGGUGCCUUGGUGCCAACGCCGCCGCCGGCGCCGCCGCCGCUGGCCCCGCCGGCGGCGGAGUGGCCGCUGGGGCCGCCGUUGGCGGCGCAGCGGCCGCCGUCUCCCUCGCGGCUGGGCGCUGUUGGGGCUGUGGUGUUCGACCUGAGGGUGCAGCCAGUCGGUGUCGACAAGCAGGGCAUCCGCCACUGCGAGUUCAGAGCUGCCGUCUCCACGUUCACGGUCGCUCCGUUCACGGAUUGGUGCGCGG